AUGGCCGUCCUAGUAUCGUACGCCACCUCCCACGGCUCAACUAGAGAAAUGGCAGAGACAAUGGCCCGAGAGCUGUCUCAAAAGCUCGAACCCAUCCAGGUGGACUGCAUCCCUGCAGCCGCCACCCCCCUUCUCUCCAGUCCCAAAGGGAAGAAGUACAAGGCGGUUGUGAUCGGUAGCGCGAUCCACCUCGGCCGGUGGAUUGCGCCGGGUCGGCGCUUCGUCCGGCAAAACGGACCGUAUCUCUCGUCGGCAGGUCCGGAUGUGCCGCGCGUGUGGGCUUUCAGCGUCGGCAUGCCGCCGGCCGACGACGACCUCGCCAAAGAGGAGGCGUCCAUGGACAAGUGGCUGCGCGAGCGCCUACAUCUACAGGGGCAUCGCCUGUUUCGCGGUGCAUUCGACAAGGCGGAUCUGCCGUGGAUUAUACGCCUCAUCUUUACGUGUUGUAUCCCCAAAGACAAGACGCGGUUUGGCGACUCGCGCGACUGGCCUGCAAUCAAGGGCUGGGCGAAUGGGGUCGGGACAGCAGUAAAGGAGCAAGCCAUGCCUAGUUGA